AUUACAGACUCUAAGACAGCUAUUUGUGAAUCAUUGAGAGAAAUUGAAUCAUUGCAUUUGAAAAAUGAAAGUAUUCUAUAAUUUACAUUUAACAAUGUGAAUUUAUAACAUCUGACGUAAAGAAACAAUAUACAGAGCGUGUAAUCAAACAUUUUUUUAUGUUUACGAUUGAAACGUUUGGUGCCAUUUAGCAGAAGCAACUCCUGUAACCGGUAAUAAGAUGUGGAAAGCAGCAACUGAUGUAGUUGCUCCUCCCCCAGCAGAAGCUGAUGACUGGGAGACAGACCCUGACUUUGUUAAUGAUGUUACUGAACAGGAACAACGAUGGGGACCUGGUGGUAGACAUGUAGAAGCCAUUGAUAUGGCAAAAUUACGUGAGGAAGUACUAGAGGCCGACAAGGAGGCCAAACAGAAGGCAUAUGAACAUGGACCUAAGUCUUCUUAUGGUUAUGGAGGUAAAUUUGGUGUACAGACCGACAGAAUGGAUAAGUCUGCUAUGGGACAUGAUUAUAUUGGCAAAACUGAAAAACAUGUUUCGCAGAAGGAUUAUGCUCAAGGUUUUGGUGGAAAGUUUGGAGUGGACACUGACAGAGUUGAUAAGAGUGCGGCCGGUUGGGACCACAAAGAGCAAGUAGAGAAGCACUCAUCCCAAAAGGACUAUGCAGUGGGUUUUGGGGGCAAAUUUGGAGUGCAGACGGAUAGACAAGACAAGUGCGCCGCUGGAUGGGAGCAUCAUGAAACUGUUGAGUCCCAUCACUCGCAAAAAGACUACGCACUUGGCUUUGGUGGUAAAUUUGGCGUGCAGACAGACAGACAAGACGCAUCGGCUGUGGGCUGGGAAUAUCAAGAGCAGACACAAAAGCACGCGAGCCAAGUCGAUCACAAAAUGGGUUUCGGUGGUAAAUUCGGUAUACAGACGGACAGAGUCGAUAAAUGUGCACAUACGUUUGAUGAAGUGCAAAAGGUCGGAACGAAUUAUACGAAGCAGAAGCCGAAUAUAGGAAGCGCAAAACCGUCGUCUAUAAGAGACAAAUUCGAGAAUAUGGCCAAAGAAAAGGAACAGGAGGCCCUAAAAUCUGUUCAAAGGAUAAGACAAGAGAGGCAACAAAUUGACAAGAGUUUGUCGGAUAAGGAAAAAGUUCGGUUGGAAAAAGAAAAAGAGAAAAGUCCAGAGAAGCAGGAAGUAGAGAAACCAGAGAAAACAACAGAACCAGAAAAAAAACCAGAACCAGUGAAAGUAGAAAUAACAGAAAAACAACCAAAGGUUGAAAUUAUGGUACAGGUUGAUAAAGAACCAACAAAAGUUGAAGAAACACCGGAAGUGAAGCAAACCAGCAGUAACCUACCGGAUGUUACCCUCACCGGUGAUACUAAGGAUGUACAAGAAAAAGAUGAGAUGUCGCGACAGCCAACUAUAGUGGUAUCUCCCGUUGGGUGGGAGAACGAGAUAGCAGAAGGAGAGGGAGAUGAUGACGACGGAUAUAUAGCGAGAGCGUUAUACGACUACCAAGCUGCAGCCCCUGAUGAGAUAUCUUUUGAUCCGGACGAUAUUAUUACUAAUAUCGUUAUGAUCGAUGAAGGCUGGUGGCAAGGCCUAUGUAAAGGCCAGUACGGUCUCUUCCCAGCUAAUUACGUGCAAUUGCAAGACAAAUAAGCAUUCCCUUUCAUAUCGCUGUUAAAACUUCGAAAUCUAUAGGAAUUGUUAAGAUUUAUAAGAUUUUUAGUGAAGCCAUUCUCAAUAGAUACUUUACGGAUUGCUAAGCAAUAAACUAGGCUGUUGAGAUUAGCUGAUUUUUAAAGCAUUUAUGAAUUUAGUAUUUAAAUUGUGACGUAACCUCAAAUCAUAGAAUUAACGAACAAUAAUGUAUAAUAUGCCUAAGUAUAAAUUUUUAUACUGACGUGGAUUUUGUGUAUUCA